AUGGCAUAUUCAUUACCGGUACCUAAGAAGUUGUUUGAGGACGAAUGCUCCUUGGAAUUACGUAGUCCAGUUAAGCAGUCUGAUGAUGCAGCGGAAGGCAAUAUCUUUUCCCCGAUGAUGGAUUACUUUCUAAGAAAAGGGAACUCGUCCUUUCUACUAGCAGACGAAGAUUCCAGAGAUAGUGGAAUAGGCUUUGACGACAGUUUCACCAAUGAUGAGUGUCCACUUUCGCUUUUUAGCAGGCCUUUUAUACAGCUUAGUAAGGUGCCCGAGCCUAGGAAAAAACAUUGCCCAUAUAGCCAAAAGCGAAGGCGUUCAGAAAGCGACGAAGAUGAGUCACCUGUUCAGAAGAGAAAGAGAUCUGACGACAUGAUGGAGACAAGCAAGUGUUUACUCAGACCGUCCAAUUUCCAGUCAGAAGAUCAAAUUAAAACUGCCCUGGACAGAGUGUCGGAAAAUCCAGACCUGAUCAGUGACGGCAGCGUGGCCUACUGUCUGCCAACUGUUCCAGGCAAGCAUCAAGAUCUCAAGUCCAUCACGCCGGAAACUUUGGCGCGGCUUCAAAACCACGGGUUUGAUGACGUAGUAGAAGAAUUCCUCAUUGUGGAUUGCAGAUAUCCCUAUGAGUUUCAAGGUGGCCACAUCAAAGGAGCUGUCAACUAUUACACCAAGGACAGAACUCUGCACGCCACAGGCCUAUCUGCCGAUGCACCAUGA